AUAUUGGCAGAAUCAUGGACACAACGUGACAAUUUUUUUUGCCAUAAAUAAAUAAAUAUAUAUGUUGCUUAGUGGGUCUGCCAUUUUUGCAUAAGAAAUUAGAACUUAUGGAAAAAGAAUCAGAGAUAAAGACAUUAAGAAUUCUCUGUCUUCAUGGCUUUAGAGGAAGUGCUGAAAUCUUCAAGAAAUUGGUACUCCGGUGGCCGGAAUCCGUCACCGGAAAAUUAGAUUUGGUAUUUUUGGAUGCACCUUUUCCGGCUCAGGGAAAAUCUCCACUUGAAGGUUUUUUUGAUCCUCCUUACUUUGAAUGGUUUCAAUCAAAUAAGGAUUUCACAGAGUUUUACAAUUUUGAAGAAUGCCUCGACUAUAUAGAAGAUUUUAUGUUAAAGAAUGGACCUUUUGAUGGUCUACUUGGUUUUUCACAGGGAGCUGUUUUAGGUGCAGCAAUUCCAGGCAUGCAAAGGGAAGGAGUGGCUCUAACAAAAGUUCCAAAAAUAAAGUUUGUGAUACUAAUAUCAGGGGCUAAAUUUGGAGGACCAACUUAUGGGAUACCAAAAUUGGCUGCAAAUGCAUUUUCAUCUCCAAUUAACUGCCCAUCCCUUCACUUCUUAGGAGAGGCAGAUUUCCAGAGAAAAGAUGGUGAAGUUCUGCUGGAGUGUUUUGUGGAUCCACAAGUGAUUCACCAUUCUAAAGGACAUACCAUACCCAAACUAGAUGAUAGCAGCCUUGAAAUAAUGCUUGGAUUUAUAGAAAAAAAUUCAACAACUUUGAGACAGGGCACGAGUUUAUCGACAGUAUGAAUUAUUCUCAAAUGUUAUUUUGUUUUCUGAUAUGUUUCUUUGUUGUUGCUUAACUUACAUGUAAUAUUUUCUCCGUCUCAAAAUACUUAUUGUAUUUAAUAAAGAAGGAUAUUUGACUGUUUUAUUA